AUGAAAACACAGAUUUCUGGGAACAUUUCUAUUGCAAUGGGUAAGCGAACAGUAAGAAACAAGGAAAUUGUGUCCGAAGAAAUUAAAAGAGAAAUGGGUCUCCAUGAUGAGGAGGGAAAAAGAAAAAGAGGCUGUGUAAAUGCACACUGGACAGCAAAAUGUUGGGAGUUGAUCGAAACUGACCCACGAUUUUUGAUGGAGUUUGACAAGGUCCAAAGUGGAAUUGAAAAGACAUGGGGAAGCAAGAGCUUCUUGCUCAAUCCUUUCCAAGCUGUGUGUCCCAUAUGUAGAGAGAUACGUGUACUCUCAAAAAUGAAUCAACCUCAAGAAAUGAUGACUCACAUAAAGGAAAAGCACUUCAAUGUUAAACCAACAAGUGAAAUUGCCAUCAAAAGACUGCAAGCUUGGAAGGAAAACAACUUUAUCACCGUAGCUCAGUUGAAUGAUGUGACACCAUUGGCUCCAGGACUAUUCAAAGAUCCUGUAUCUGUUACUGAAAAUCCCAUGGUCAGGGCUGCUGUCCUGGCCCGUGGCAUUGAUGAAGGGGCAGUCUAA